AUGGUCAAAAUUUUGAUCCGAUUCGCUAAUAAGCCCGUGGAUAUUGAAGUUCCACAAACGGUACUUCCCGAUACUGUAUUUGAAGCGGUUGUUCGAAUUCCUUAUGAUAUGCAAAUCAAACAAGUUCUUGCUAAUGGUAAAAAGGGGGCUUUGAAUGUCGGGGCUGUUCUUAUUUUACCGGAGGGCUUUGAAUUGGCCCCCCCCGAUCGUAUUUCACCCGAGAUUAAAGAAAAGCUGGGUAAUCUCUCUUUUCAAAGCUAUCGUCCCACAAAAAAAAAAAUUCUUGUGGUAGGUCCUGUUCCCGGCCAGAAAUAUAGUGAAAUCACCUUUCCUAUCCUUUCCCCCAAUCCCGCUACUGAGAGAGAUGUUCACUUCUUAAAAUAUCCAAUAUAUGUAGGCGGGAACAGGGGGAGGGGUCAAAUUUAUCCCGACGGGAGCAAGAGUAAUAAUACUGUGUAUAAUGCUACAGCAGCGGGGAUAGUAAAAAAAAUCAUACGAAAAGAAAAGGGGGGAUACGAAAUAACUAUAGCGGAUGCAUCGGAUGGACGUGAAGUGAUUGAUAUUAUACCUCCAGGACCGGAACUUCUUGUUUCGGAGGGUGAAUCUAUCAAACUUGAUCAACCAUUAACGAGUAAUCCUAAUGUGGGUGGAUUUGGUCAGGGGGAUGCAGAAAUAGUACUUCAAGAUCCGUUACGUGUCCAAGGUCUUUUGUUCUUCUUGGCAUCGAUUAUUUUGGCACAAAUCUUCUUGGUUCUUAAAAAGAAACAAUUUGAGAAGGUGCAAUUGUCCGAGAUGAAUUUCUAAUUUACAGGUCCGCGAAUUUAUGAACAUAUUAAGCCUAAGCCGGUAAAAGAACUAAAUUUUAGUCGAUAAAUUCUGUACUGUAAUUCUAUUCUGUAUAAUCAAAAAUUUAAGAAAAAGGACCGAACCUUUGAUUCUUUCGAGUCUUUUUCUACCGUAUUUAGAGAAUUCCUUGUACUGCAGUACUAGUCAGUCAUAGUAUAUAUAGUGAAGAAGACUAUUUU